AUGAUAUCAAACCCCACGUACUUGUCUCACAACUGUCUGAAGUAUUUUCUGAGUUUGGGAUUGUUGUUUGGAAUAUUUCCACUAGAAGGGUUGACUUAUAUGGAUCCUUCCAAGCUGAAAUUCCGUAUCUUGUCUAUGAAAAUGUUAUACACGGCAUUCCUUUUGUUCGUGUACGUCUGUUGUUGCAUAUUGGCUGGUAUUGAAAGCUUCUCGAAUGGAAUGGUUGUGGGUCGACUGACCGAACACGUUUUAGCUACUGCUAACUUUGUAUUUUCCGUUGACUGCAGAAAUGACGCGGUAGGUUUCGAGAAUUAUGUGAGAAAGCAGUUCCAUUUCAUUUUCAUAUAUCUCCCAUAUAACACAUUCAGUGGAAUUUUCAUAGUGGUCGUUGGAUGGAUAUCAACCUACAUAUGGAACUUUGGAGAUAUUCUGAUAGUGCUUAUGUGCAUAAUAUUGACAUUUAGAUUCGACCAACUGAAAUACAAAAUUGUUUGCUAUGUGAAAUCAAUCAAUUUAUGUGGACGUAGGGACAUCGUGAACUUAUGUCAGAAUCAAACACAGAAGAUUGACGUUUUGUUCUGGAAGAACAUUCGUGAGGACUACAAUGGCUUAUGUCAGAUGUGUUCAACAACCAAUGAUUUACUGGGAGAUAUGAUACUAUUGAGUUAUACGUGUAAUAUUAUAUUCAUCCUUGUUCAACUUUUCGUGAGUCUAAGAGAUAGGGAUGGAACAGUUGAAACAAUUUACUUCUUUUCUUCAUUUGGAUUCGUUGUUGCAAGAACCGUCAUCGUGUCCAUUUAUGGAGGAUGGCUGAAUGAGACUGCUAAAUCUGCUCUACCUACUCUGAAUGCAGUUCCAACUGAGAUAUAUAAUCCAGAAAUAGCAUGCCUCAUCAAUCAGAUUCACACGAGCAGUCCCACCAUGACAGGACACGACUUUUUUUCCAUAACAAAAGGAUUAAUUCUAAGUAUUGCAGCAACAAUAAUUACUUACGAGCUGGCUUUAAUACAGUUCAAUCAGGUUGCUCUCAAGAAAUUUUCUUCAAAUAAUGAUACGGUUUGUUACUAA